AAACCCCAAUCUUCCUAAUUUUUUAAAGUACGGUCUCGUUUUUUGAUCAUCAACCAUGGACUUCUUCAACACCGCCAGGGCGGUGAAGCUGCGGAGCCACCUCGACAAGUACCUUGUCGCCGACGACAACAAAGAGUCCGUCCGCCAGAGCCGCAACGGCACCUCCCGAAAGGCCCGGUGGACGGUCGAGCUCGUCGAGAAAAAAUCCCACUUCAUCCGCCUCAAGAGCUGCCACGGGCUCUACCUCACCGCCACCGACCUCCCUUUCCUUCUUGGCAUGACCGGCAAUAAAGUCAUCCAGGCGGAGUUAGACAACCUCGUCGACUGGAAGUUCGAGUGGGAGCCCAUACGUGACGGGUUUCAGGUCAAGCUGCGAACGUGGUGCGGCACUUACUUGCGCGCCAAUGGUGGGCCGCCGCCGUGGCGAAACUCGCUCACUCAUGACGACCCCACCACGUCAUCGACCCAGAACUGGAUUCUGUGGGACGUUCUGGAGACGGAGGUUCCGGCGUCAGAGUCGUUGCUGUGGCAGCAGUCGAGUUUUUCGUCGUUUUCCGACGAGCUUUACUCGUCGGAGUACGGGUCGCCCAUUUCGGUAUUUUCAACCAAGUCGCCUAAUUCCGAGCCGUCGUCGGGAAAGCUGGCUAAGUCUCCGAAGGCGUCGUCGAAAAAUCUGGCUAAGCAGACGAAAUCCAACAAGUUCCGAAUCGGAAUGGACUUCUUCCACAAGGCCAAGUCGGUGCGCCUCCGCAGCCACCAUGACAAGUACCUCCUAGCGGAGGAGGACGAGGAGUCCGUCGCCCAGGAACGAAACGGGUCGUCCACGAGGGCACGGUGGACCGUCGAGGUCGUACCCGAAACCGACAACAUCAUCCGACUCAAGAGCUGCUUCGGCAAGUACCUCACCGCCUCCAACCAGCCUUACCUCCUUGGCAUGACCGGCCGGAAAGUGCUCCAGACUCUGCCUCGGCGGCUCGACUCCUCCGUCGAGUGGGAGCCCGUCAGGGAUGGCAAGCAGGUCCGGCUCAAGACCCGGUACGGCAACUUCCUCCGAGCAAAUGGAGGACUCCCGCCGUGGCGGAACUCGGUGACCCAUGAUAUUCCUCACAGAACCGCAACGCAGGAUUGGGUUCUGUGGGAUGUCGAUGUUGUGGAGAUUCAAAUCAACUCUCCGGCUGCUAAGCCGUCCGGCCCGCCGCCGCUUCCCCACUCCGAUUCUCUGGACUUCGAAUCCAGCUCCCCAUCAGCCGGUUCCGUCAGAUCCAGCCAUUUGUCAAGACAAGAGUCGAGUGAUUCAUAUGUGGCGUCGCCGCCGAAGUCGGAAGGGAGGACUAUAUAUUACCAUAUAGCUGAAGAUAACGGCGAUGUGGAUGAUGAGGCAGUGCAGGGCUACUCUAUGACUUUCAAAGGAAAUGGGGUUGAUGAGUUGACUCGUAAGCUCGAGGAGGAGACCGGGAUUGAGGGGAUCAUCGUCUGCGCUCGAAGCCCUUUGAAUCAGCAGCUCUUUCCACUUCGAUUGCAGCUUCCACCAAACAAUGUGACAAUGCAGGUUGUCCUGGUGUUGCCAGAUUCUAAAGCUGGAAGAGAUCUUGCAAAACAAGGUUUGUUAUAGGAGGCAACACCAAAUAGAAAUCAAAGUUUUGGUCCGGCUGCGUAUAUACACUCUCAUAAUGUUGUGUACAUAUUUAGAUUUAAGACUUCAUUGUGUGGCAUACCAAGGUUUCGAAUUACCGGAUAACGCGAAGCCCCGCCUUCAGUCGAUGUCAUAUGCAGAGUGUUUGAAGGACUUGUGUUCUUGUCCACUGUUUUUUGCUUGGGGCUUGCUUGAAUCUGUAAAAAAGUUAUGUUGUUCGUGUUAGCAUUUCAGAUGAACUGAUGCCCUUGUUGUUCCUCCUGCUGCUGCUGCUAGUUCUUCCUGCGAGAAUUUUCGGAUUGCUUUUGGCUGUAGAAUUAUUUUGUGGAUUUGUUUAUUAUUUAAUUAUUUUUGGAAAAUGAUGUUUUUUAUUGA